AUGUCCACCUGUCAGCAAGUGAGCACACCGCCAUCUUUCAAGUUUCCAAGUUUCAAUCAGUUGGGACCCGCCAAUAAAUGGUCCCACACUAACCUGAGGCCGUGUAUGUAUAUCAUACAAUCUGGAUGAUCACGACGAUCAUCACCUGACCGGAGCUUAGCCGGCAGCUCAUAACCGGGAAAAAUGUCAGGUUCUAAGUUGAACAAAUGCGGCUAUUUCUAUAGGCUAAUAGUGCCUUCCAUUCUACAGCAAAAUAAGCUGAUGAUUCCAAGGAAGUUUGUUAGGAAAUUUGGAGAUGAACUUUCAGGUGUUGCUACACUCACUGUUCCAGAUGAUAGAAUAUGGCUUGUGACAAUAAGACAAAUUGACCAGAAGUUAUGGUUUUGUAAUGGUUGGCAUGAAUUUGUAGUGCAUUACUCUAUUUGCACUGGCCAUUUCUUGGUCUUCAGAUAUGAAGGAAAUUCAAAUUUCAGUGUUCAUAUGUAUGUUUUAGAACCUUAUCGUUUAAAAGAUCCAUUCACCAUGAUGAAGACUAUUAAGGAUUAUAGCGAGCAGCAUCAUGUAUUUGAUGAAAUAGACGAUGGCGACUCUGUUGAAAUCUUGGGUUCUUCUCCUGCACGCGUCGCUUGUGAUCAUUUGAAACCGAAGACUUUCGAUGAACAUGUGGAGCCAAACACAACCUGCAGAAACUACAAUCUCCCAUCACCUCAGAAUUUGCAUAAUGAAGCAAGCUACCAUCCAUCAGGGGAUUCUGUUAAAUUACAACCAACAGUUCAUUCUACUCAAGGUAUAGGCUCUUGCACUAACGAGCUUCAAAAUUCUGUAGAUGAUAUGAGAUUGGAACUGUCACAUGAAAAGAUACAAGAACAUGAGAAAACUAUGAGAAAGAAGCUGGGCAUUGAUGAAGAAAACCUGGACCCUUCAAAUGCUGCUGAUAUAGCAAAGAGGUCAAGGGAGGGUCAAAGUUCUGCAGAAUCAGCAAGAAAACUUAAAAUAAUUCGAAGGAAGAAGCAGAGCAUUGAUCCUAGUAAGAGGAAGCCAACAGCUCGACGAAAUGUUCAAGGUGAGAACCGCUCUAGAUACUAUAAAAGAGCUUCUGUGAGAAAGAGAACUGUAACAAAUGAGGAUCAAGAAAGGGUGAAGACUGCAGCAGCAGCAUUCGAGUCUGUUAACCCUUUCUGUAGGGUUGUCCUGCGUGCAUCAUAUUUAUACAGGGGUUGCAUCCUGCAUUUACCAUCCUGCUUCGCCAGAAAGCAUCUAAAUGGGGUUUCAGACUGGAUUAAACUUCAGUUUUCUGAUGGGAAACUGUGGUCCGUUCGAUGCAGUUAUAAAGCAGGCGGUGCGAAACUAAGCCAGGGAUGGUACGAGUUCUCAAUGAAUAAUGGUUUUGCAGAAGGAGAUGUUUGUGUGUUUGAGCUGCUAAACUUGAGGGAUACUGUGUUGAAAGUUACAGUAUUUCGCGUAUGAUGACAGGCGACAUCUAGUAAAUUUAUAUCAUAACCAAUGUACAUACAACAGUUGUCCAGAGAAUCCAGAAACUCCUAAGAGUGUUCUUGCCAGUUUUAGAACGUUUUCUGUUCUCUCUUAGGUUGUUUUUUCUUAGCAGUAGGAACUCUUGAUGUCUGUCUAACUAAAACUUUAACUUGAACAAUGUUGUAAUAUUAUCAGUAGGUGAUGCACAUACUCAAGUUGCAUGGAUGAACAUCCAUAACAUUAAGG